AUGACCGAAGUCUCGUCAAUAUUCGCCGCUAAUCGACAAAUUCCUUGGCUGAUCGAUGUGGAAGAGUACAUGGCUCAACUGCCGAAUCACAUCGUGCCGCGAGUGAACUCGAGUGGUGAAAAAUAUCGUGAAAAACAAUUGCUCACACAACUGCCACGACAGGAUCUGUCCGUCGCCUACUGUAGGCAUUUAGGCAGUAAUGCCGAACGAAAGGUUUACGAAGAAUUUAUCAAUGCUCGGAAUGAGAUCGCCCUCGACAUCGGCUAUGUGGCGGCAAAUAUUCCCAAGAGUAUGGAGUGUCAUAAGUGCUCUGGCGUGCUCGAACGCAAUGAAAUGGCUGUGAUAGCGCCGAAGUUGGGCGACUCGACCGGCUGGCAUCCCGCCUGCUUCACCUGCGCCGCCUGUGAGCAGAAGGCGAAGGGCGUCUGGCAAUUGCGCGGUCGUCGGGCUAUUGUCUCGGCCUUCCCAGCGCUCAGCCAAUUCGCGACAUUCGGAAGCCUGGUUGUGGAUGUUGUUCAUAUGGCUGUCAUUAUUCAUUGA